CCUGCCUUGGCGUUCAGGUAUCGCGGGCUGCCUUCUGCCACCACGGCCUCCGAGACCGGGCGCUGAGGGGUCCACCCGCCAGACUAAGGCAGGCUUCGCCACCCAGGAGCCCCCGGGACCCCCCCCCGACUGGGGCUGUGGAUGCACAGUGCCCCCCCCCAGCCUUCUUCACUGUGCAGGCCGCGCCGCCUCGUCAUCACCCCGCGCCGUGCCGUGCCGCGGUUUCCCGGGAGCAGCAGGAGCAGCACGUGGUUAGAGGCCGGCUGGUGCGGGGCACGUGCCCCGGGCAAAGGCCGACGCGUGCAGCGGGUGCAGGACGGGACCACGGCUUGGGGGCUGCCCUGGUCCCUGAAAAAGCUCAUAGGGUCUGGACACCCCCUGCGGAACUUCUGGGUGACAACACUGUGACUAGAGAGAAAGGAGCAGAUUGAACAGCACGGCUUGAAGUUGUUUGAGCUGCAUCUCACCGAAGCUUCUCAGACCCUCCUAGAAGUUCUCCGUGCCACCUUCUACGAUGUCAUCUUCCAGAGGAACUCACUCCCAGAAGAUGAAGCUGCCCAGUUUUACACAAAAGGGGAGAUUGGAUGUGUUCUCUCCAACAUACAAGGACUGGUCCACAGAUGAUGAAAAGGAUUAUGUCUUCAAGGACCCAGACCAGGAGCUAGAUUCCCUGCCUCAGCCUUAUCAUAUGAUCAACAAGCUGGUGAACUUUUUGUUUGACCAGUCAUGGGAAGUGAUUGAGAGGAGGAAUGCCUUGAAGGAGGCUGAUCUUAGCCAGAUCCAGCUCACCAUCUACCUUCCACUUACAGAAAACAAGCUCAAUAGGACUUCAAAUUGUAUUGCUGUUGCCCAAAACUAUAUGUUUGUUGGAGGAGCCAAAGGAUUCUCCAUCUACAGUCUGUACCCCGCUAAACAGAUCUAUGUCUGGGAGAAACUUAAGGUUGAUGUCACAUCUAUCCAGACAGUGGAUCUGGGGAAUGAGAUACUUAUUGCCCCUGUGGAUGAAACAGGCAUCAUCCGACUGUUUUAUUUUUGUAAGACUGCUCUUUUCUUCAUCAAAUCCAUCAACGAAGUGGUAAGUUCCUAUUCACUUCCUAUAACUGAGCCAAAAGCAGUAUAUAGCAAAUCAUGUUUUAACAUGCUUUUCUUGGAAGACAGGCUAUUUCAGAGAGGGGGCAUGUGGCCUGCCUGCAGUUGCUCAAGACUCCCAUGUUUGCCCAAUAUAGGAGCUGGAGACCUUUGCCUGGAUGUGUACAAAUUGCCCAGGGAGGCUUGGCACAAGGAGAUAGAACACCCACAACUCUCCGUGAAUCCAAAGAAGAAAGUCAAGCCGCAGGGCCUGAAAACUCUUGACGCUUUGAUUCCAGAUACUGUAGAAAUGGAUGCAGGCGUCUCUUAUGUAGCAGACAUUAAGCUGAGCCUUCCAGUUCACAUAUUGAAGAUCAAACCACCCAAGCCAGUUACAGGCACGGCAUUUAAAAGCCCCUUGGAAGCAUUUGCAAAGAUUGAGGACUACAGCGGGCUGGGCUCAGGGCAGAACCACUUCAUCAAGGACAGCCAGUGGGAGCAGCAAAUGGCAAUCUUCAACGCCUCAUGCAAGAAGUACCUGGAGGCAGAAUGGGAGGAGGAGCCGUCCAGCAUGGCCACGUUCCAUUUCCUCCUUUCCAGCCCUAUUAUUAACCUGGCGUCAGAAACCAGAUACCCCUCAGGGGUGACCUGUGACCUUGGCAUACACUGGACGGGAAGUCACAACUUCUUCCUCUAUUCACUUCACCGGACUCUGAAGGAUAAAGUUGACCCUGAGGGUGUGUGGCCAUGCGCCGCGUCCAUCACUGUUUCUCAGCUCAGCCAGUCCGGCUCCUACCUGGUGCUGGCCUGCGAGGACGGCGUGCUCACACUGUGGGACCUGGAUGAAGGGUUGCCUCUGGGGGUCGUGGCUCUUCCAGAGGGAUGUUCCUGCCAGAGCAUUCACUUCCUCAGAUACUUUCUGGUGCACAGAGGACGGAAUGUGUAUCUGGAAGGUCCAGUGAAAUCCCAGAUGAAGUGCGUGGUGCUGGGCACCGACGCCUCCCUCCACCUGGUGGCCGCCUCGAGGACUGAGGGACAUAGCAUCAGUCAGCUGGUAGAGAGGCCUUUGAAGAACCCAAAUGAAGCCAUCUAUGCAGUGGCCCCUGCACCAACCUUGCCUGGCAUGGUGCUGCUCCUGCGUGGGCCCAGUUCUGUGCAACUGCUGGACGUGUCUGGGCCACAGGUGGUCUGCACCUUUGCUCUGCCCAACCCUGCCCCCACGCUGAGCCUCAAGAAGCCAGUGUUCAUCGUGUCUCCGCACGACCCAUACUUCCUGCUCCGAGGAGAGCACACCCAUGCGGUGGGCUGUGCUGACGACACCAGCAGCUGUCACAGUUCCAUCUUCUAUUUUAACUUCACUGCCUGCCCACUCCUGGAGCAGUUCUCCAAGGACUGCUCCGUCUGUGUGGAGGACUUGACCAGCCUGCAGGAUCACAUGGACUUCCCCCAGGUGCUGCCCUGGCAGAGAAGAUGCGAGAACUUGCUGCAGAGCAGGUUUCAGAAGCUAAACAAGAGCAGGGAGAAGGAGAAGGAGAAGGAGCAUUGGGUGCGCCUGCGCAGGUACUCCCUGCUUCUGCAGAGGGAGAGUGCCAGGAAGUGAGCUGGCCGUCUCCUUGCCUCAGGUGCUUUGCACCAGCUCCCUUGGUCGGUAGGUCAGUCCAGCGGGCCUGUCCUGCACCACAGAGGUGCCCAACCACCCGUCAAUAAACAGCAAUGCUUCUCAACUCAGAA